AUGCUGUCCCUCAAGCAGACCCAGACCGUGGCGAAGGCCACCGGCGUGCGCAGUGUCGCGCCCCGCGUCCGCGGUGCCGUGCGCUGCAACGCUUCGCUGCAGCAGGCGGCCAGGAAGGCCGCUGCCGCCGUUGCCGCUGCCCCCGUGCUGCUGGCCUCCUCGCCUGCGUUCGCCAUCGUCGACGAGCGCCUCAACGGCGACGGCACCGGCCUGCCCUUCGGCGUGAACGACCCCGUCCUCGGCUGGGUGAUCGUCGGCGUGGCGGGCCUCGUCUGGUCACUGUACUUCGCCGCCCAGAAGGACUUCGGCAACUUCGAGGACGACGAGAGCGGCCUGGGCCUGUAA